CAAGAGGCCGCUUCCGGUUGGGCGGUGCUGGAGCGCGUGAGCCGAGCCUUAGGGUGAGCUGCGGCCACGGUACCCUGGGCCGUGCGGACGCCGAGAACGAUCUGAUCAUGGACCUACGACAGUUUCUUAUGUGCCUGUCCCUGUGCACAGCCUUUGCCUUGAGCAAGCCUACAGAAAAGAAGGACCGUGUACAUCAUGAGCCUCAGCUGAGUGACAAAGUUCACGAUGAUGCCCAGAGUUUUGAUUAUGACCAUGAUGCCUUCUUGGGUGCUGAAGAAGCAAAGACUUUUGAUCAGCUCACACCGGAAGAGAGCAAGGAAAGGCUUGGAAAAAUUGUAAGUAAAAUAGAUGGCGACAAGGACGGGUUUGUCACUGUGGAUGAACUCAAAGACUGGAUUAAGUUUGCACAAAAGCGCUGGAUUUACGAGGAUGUAGAACGACAGUGGAAGGGGCAUGACCUCAAUGAGGACGGCCUCGUUUCCUGGGAGGAGUAUAAAAAUGCCACCUACGGCUACGUUUUAGAUGACCCAGACCCUGAUGAUGGAUUUAACUACAAACAGAUGAUGGUAAGAGAUGAGAGGAGGUUUAAGAUGGCGGACAAGGAUGGAGACCUCAUUGCCACAAAGGAGGAGUUCACAGCUUUCCUCCACCCUGAAGAGUACGACUACAUGAAAGACAUAGUAGUGCAGGAAACAAUGGAGGAUAUAGAUAAAAAUGCUGAUGGUUUCAUUGAUCUAGAAGAAUAUAUUGGUGACAUGUACAGCCACGAUGGAAACGCUGAUGAGCCAGAAUGGGUGAAGACAGAGCGAGAACAGUUUGUUGAGUUUCGAGAUAAGAACCGUGAUGGAAAGAUGGACAAGGAAGAGACCAAAGACUGGAUCCUCCCCUCAGACUAUGACCAUGCAGAGGCAGAAGCCAGGCACCUGGUCUAUGAGUCAGACCAAAAUAAGGAUGGCAAGCUUACGAAGGAGGAGAUUGUCGACAAGUACGAUUUAUUUGUGGGCAGCCAGGCCACAGAUUUUGGGGAGGCCUUAGUACGACAUGAUGAGUUCUGAGCUGCAGACAGGAACCCACGUCUCUUCAAAAGUAAUUUAUUUUUACAGCUUCUGGUUUCAUAUGAAAUUGUUUGCGCUACUGAGACUGUUAUUACAAACUUUUAAGACGUGAAAAGGCAUAAUGGAAUAAUGAAAACCAUCCCGUCCCUAUUCCUCCUCCUCCUCGGGACUGGAGGGAAAAUGUGCUUCUGAGGAACAACUCUACUUAGUACACUUGUGUUUGUAGAUCUACACUUUGUAUAAUGUAUAACAUGGUGUGCUUAUUUUUGUAUUUGUUCUCUAGUUGGGAGUAUGAUAUGAAAGAUCAAGAUCCUCAACCCAAACAUGUAGGCAAACAUUAACCUUUACUCUCUCAAUUCCUUAUCAUGUAAUUUUUAUAAUGCUCACUUAACUAAUUUUUUAAGCCUGAGAUCAGUAGGAAUAUGUUCAGGAGAGAAAAAAGGAAAAACAUAUACUCCACAAUUUAUGUUUAGAGAUAUUAAUACUUAAUCUUGCCUGUUGAAAAGUCCAGCAUUUCAAAAGUAGUAGUGGCAACAUACUUCAUUCAGUUGCUGUGGGUCCCACAACUGAUCCUGCUGUUAGCUGGGCAGGGCAGAAAGAUCCGUGUGCUAUAAGAAAGCUUGGACCAACUUGACUUCAUUCUUUUCCCCGAUAGGACUAGCUAUUUGCUAAUUUUGUAAAACACAGCUGUGGUGGGAAGAGUUAGGGCCAGUGACUUGAAAGUCAAUCAGUAGUGAGUGUGAUCUCUUUACACAGCUAUUUCUAGCUCUUAAUAGAGCUGUUUCCAGCUAGGAACGGCUGGAAAACUAAAUGAAAAAUACAAAUGUGGUAAGAGCAUAAAUAUUUUUUUUCUGGGUGUGUAUGUGUCAAAAUGCUCCAAACAUAAUUAUUUGCCUGUUGAAAUCACUGUAAGUGCCACAUCCAGCUCCUCUUCCCCAGGAAUUAAUCUUGGUUUCACUGCAGUUAAAAAAUCACCCCUUUCCAAUCAUGUCAUUGAAAGUGCCUUUAAUGAGAGAAAUAAUCAUUGAAUGAGAAUUUGUGCGAGAAACCUAAGAUAAAAUAGAGUAUUUGGACAAUUUUAUAUGAAAGCUUCGAACAUCUCAAUAUAGUGGAGAUUUUUUUCCUUCCUUUUCUCUUUGGACAGUAGUUAAAUAGGCAGUAUUAGUUACAAACUUGGUUGCAGUGUUCUUAUCUUGCAGGCUGGUUUCCAAAAACCACAUGCUGCUGACUUCACCAGGGAUCCUCAUACCUCAGAAUGCAAACCACUCACUAGCAGGCCCCUGCGUCCGCCAGAGUGCAGUGUGAGCUCAGACGCAAAGGUGGAAGGACCUACAAAGAGAGGGCUCUUUGGUUUGAGGACCAUUGUUCGCCUUUCCUGCCUUUGACCAUCACACCUGUUCCUCCACCCACCCCCACCUGCAAAAGAAAAAGAAAAGUUUAUCAUGGAUCAGCAGCUGGCCAGUCCCUAGCAAAGAGUAGGAUCUCAUAGAAGGAGCUGAAGAAACCGCCCUGUUUCUAAACUCCCUUUUACCCACAUUUUAUGUAACAUGAACUUUGUCCAUUCUGGUCCCUUUCUUACCAGUGGGCCUCUUUUGAGAAGAAUUAUUGUAUUCCAAGUCUUUAGCCCUCAGGUUACUAAGAUAAAUAUGUGUAUAUAACCUUUAUUAUUUCCUAUAUCGUGGAUAAUACAUUCAGGUGGUGCUGGGUGAUGAUUAGUUCUGAACCUAGGUGUAUCAUCUGGUCUUCCAGUCCUGUUGAGGUAGGCUGCUCGGUGUGGUGAAGAGCCAGUGUCGUGUCACUUCACCCAGCCUUUGCAUUGAGCUCUUGAUAGUGGAUGCAGUCUUCAGGUUUAACUCCAGCAAAGGGUCAUGGACUUGCUCCACCCUCACAGAUCUCCCUUUUUUUUUUUUUUUUUUUGUUGAGAAGACCAGAGAUAAUUAACAUUGCCACCAACCAUGGCUUAGAGAGGGCACAUCAUGAACGACUGUGUGGCAAGACAACCUUGCAGCUCACUAGGUGCAAAGAGCCCAGGCUUGGUGUGAAAAUCACAAUUUAGUAAACCAUAGUCUGCUAGGAUGGCAGCUUUUGGAUGUGGAGGACUUAGCAGCAAGCAUUAUAGUCUCUGUGAACCCCUUGGGGUUUUGGGUGUUUUUUGUUGUUUUUGGUAUAAAUCAAGCCUGAGGUGGGUAAACUAUAGCUGCACACCCAUAGUGUGUUCUGUGAGUGCUAGCUCUCUUGAAUUUGGAUAUUGGUUAUUUUUUAUAGAGUGUAAACCAAGUUUUAUAUUCUAUAAUGAAAACAGGUACCUAUCUGUUUCUAAAUAAAAUUAUUUACAUUUGUCGUGGGA